AUGGCUGCAUACAUGGAUGCGACAUCGCAGAGACUCAAAAGAGUGGGCCGAGAAGGGAAAGCAGAUCUUGUGCAAGCUGAGGAGCAAGGAGAGUUGGUGGUCGUCAUGGUGGUGGUGGUGGCAGCAGCAGUGGGAGGGAGGGCGAUGAUGGUCGUGGUCGUUGGGAGAGGACGAUCGCAGGGCCCCGGAGCUGAGCCGGAGCUGAGCCAGCGCCAGCAGAGCGAGGUAACCCAGGAAAUCCUAGCCAGAGAAGAAGAGACGCCGGGCGAGUCGUCUACGGAGGAGCGAGGCCGCCGGGAGGUGAAACAAAGGGCGACAAGAACGGCUGGCCCGGAGAGUCUUUGGCGGCCCAGAAGCGAGCAGCUCGACCGCGACACACGGAGACGGGGAUGGGAAAGAUGGGAAAGACGAGGACGACGGGAGGAAUACACAUACCACGUUGAGGGUGAAGGCGGCAUAGAGCUUGAUGAGGCCGUGGAAGUAGCCGAAGAAGAUGGAGACGGGCAGCAGCAGGAAGUCGGCCGGGUAGCGGAUGUAGUGGCCCAGCAGCUUGAUGAACUUGCUGACGAACAUCCACAGCAGCAGCGCGUUGAAGGCCCACGUCCGCUGCUGGGGGUCCCAGGCCUCGGUGCCCUUGUAGCAGAAGGCCAGCAGGCAGAGGUCGCCGACGAGGGCGGGCGGCGAGAGCGUCGUCAGGAAGACCGCAUACGUGCUCCACGGCUGGCGGCUGCAGAGAUACAGACACAGACACACAGAGAGAGACAGAAAGAUGGACAGAGAAGAGACUUACAACCAGACGACCUGCUCCUGGACGAGGGUGGUGAGGUUGCUGCGCCAGUUGCUGCGGGACCAGCGGACGCACUGCUUGAGGAACUGCGGGUUGUCCUCGAGCGUCGUCUGGAUCUCGGCCUCCGGGUGGUACUGGAAGUAGGUCUCCCAGCCGUGGGUGACCAUCCAGCGCGAGAGGAAGUUGUCGUCGUCGGCGUUGAGCUCGUAGCGGCCGAACCACCACUCCUCGUUGGUGAAGCCCAGGGUGAACUCGCGGUCCUGCAGGAUCUUGGUGCGGUACGCAACGGUCCGUCCCGACAGGCACGGCAUCCCGCCGUCCAUGUGCGUCGUGGCGGCGCAGUCGAAGUUGCGGCGCUCGAGAUACAGGGCGCCCAGGAAGUCCCACGCCCGCUGCAUCGAGAACAGCGGCGCGCCGACCCUCCGCAGGCGCUGGCAGGUGGUGACGCCGCCGUAGAUGGGGUCCUUGUCGAACGGCGCCAGGAUCCAUUUGAGCUCCGUCCUGGGCCAGCUCACGUCGUCGUCCACGAAGACGGUGAUCUCGGUCCGCACCUCCGGGAUUGCGCGCACCAUCUGCCGCCGCUUGUUGGGCUUGGGGAUGCUCAGCAGCUGGAUCCUCGUCCGCGAGGCCGGCAUCGUCGCCAGCAUGCGCUCCGCGUUGGCCCGGUUGGCGUCGAUGGUCACCAGGAAGAUCUGGUAGGGCUCGUUCAGCAGGAUGGUCCGGAUGGUCUCCUCGAGCUCCUCGCCGCAGCCGGACAGGGACGGGAUGAUGAUGGAUACAUCCUGGGACGUCAACUUGGGAUUCUCCGGCGGCGGGAUCGGUCGAAACGUCCAGACGGCAAACAGGUUGACCACCAGUCGCAGGUACCGGUACACACUAUCAAACACACACGCACACACACAGAUCCCUCCCGGUCAGAUGCGAAAUGUCCACAGGAAAGCAGGAAGAAAAAGAAAAGAAAGGGAAAACAACUCACAAUAACAGCUUGA